AUGUCGUCCACCGAACCCCCACCAAGCUACUAUGGCACAACUCUCUCUGAGAAGCCUGUUACUGUGUCCGAGAAACCCACCAAAGCAGCCACCUACCACAUCACGCUUCAGAGAUGCAAGAAGCUUAUCUUGCUAGAAAGUGGCCGUUAUGGUGUCCAAGGCCUCAUUGAGGACAUGGACCUCGCAAUCACCAUCUCACCCGACAAAGAUUGGUACGAAGUGCGCAAAAAGAUCUUCGAUCUAUACAAGAAAGCAUGGCCUGAGCACAUGCGUCGUGCCAACUCCGCAGAUUAUGGACUCUCCAUGAGCGCACAGUACUCCAUCCGAGACGGCGAGGUUCUUGGUCACAUCAAACUGUUGGACAAGGUCGGCGAUGGUCUCUGGGACUUCCUCAAACGUGACGACGUACACAUCAUCAACUUGAUCGCAUCGGCCGCGCCACGCUAUAAGGAAGCUCGUGGGGAGAUCCGUCGUCACCCGAGGAAGUCACUUGUCGAUGGCUUGGAGUUGGCUGCAGUUAACCAAGCUAGGGAGGUAGAGGUCAAGAGCAAGACCCCAUCACUUCUGGCCUACCCUCAAGACAUCGCUGUUCUCAAGAUUGCGAAGGGCCCUCUCACUCCUUCUCAAUACAGCCAGUCGGAGGAAGGACAGCAGUGGGAUACCCGCCUUCCCGUCAAACGAUAUCGUCGAAAAGCAAAUUUUAUACCGACCGGACCAGACGAUAUCCUCCAUUGGACUAAACAGACGAAAAGCGGCCUGGACCUCAGCAUCACAACGAGUAGAUUCACACCCUAUGACUAUCAUCAACCUCUUUUCUACAUUGUUGAUCACAGAAGAUCUAUGAAGAGUCAACGUUUCGCGGUCAAAGCAGAUGAAACCCGAGCAUCGGUUCACCAAACCCAUGGGAAGAUGCAAUCUGAGAAUAGCGAGACAAUCAUCCGAGGAAGGCAAAUAUGA